CAAUCUCAGCCACCACAGUAACCGUCUUCAUCCAGACAAAAACCAGCCACUGCAACCAUAGAAAUCACCGUCGUGAUUCAGAUGCGGCGGAGAGGAGGGAUCUCCUGGAUGAAGAAGAUGACGAAGUCGAAGUCAAAGUCAAGCUAGACAAAGAGGGUUUCAUUCCCAAAUCCCAGCUCCUUCCAUGGCCGAUUCUGUGCGGAGAGACCAAGAAAUUAAAACGAAGAAGAAGUUAGAAAUCAGCAAAUCAAGAAAAGGGUGAGGUGCAGAGCAAGAUUCAACAGUUCAAAGGAAGGAAUAGAGGAAGAAGAAAUAGUGACGAGGUAUCUUGCUUGCUGGUUGUGGGUAAACGAGAUUUGAGGGAUUGUAGAGUGUUGCAGUGAGGAAAAAGCUUUUGCCGUCCGCCGUUGUUCUUACCGGAUCAUCGUCGUUCAUCAUCGUCCUCGCCGGAGUAAUCAUCUUCGCUGCCAUAGUCCUAUUCAUCGUCCUCACUCCUCAGUCUCAGUAACAAGGAGAGAUAAUGAUGGGGCAAAAUGGUCAGACUUGAGACUUUGAUGGAAGUGGAACUGGGUUCCAGGGGAUUAGGUGUGGAGCCAUGUUCCAUCAUUUUUUUUUUUUGGGAGUGACUUACACUGACAAGCCAAUUCAGGCCUACCAAACGCACGAAAUUCGGGGUUCCAUUGCACCUCCACCUCUCUGGGCUCAGUUCACUCCUAAAAAAACAGGCCAUUAGUGUUUCUCGACUUACAUAUUGAUAUUUUCGCCUUAAACCUUUAGUGGCUUGCUCAUGACUUUGGGUAAUGCCUUUUGGCUGAGGUAUAAUUUUGGAUUAUAUCCCAGAAAUCUCAAUGUGAAGUCCUAUUCUAUUCUUGCAUUAGAUCAGGAGCUCAUUUCUCUAUUAAAAUCAUGCAAAAUGUCUUCUGAAACCAAUCAAAUCCAUGGCUACAUGGUUAAGACUGGUCUCGAUAGCUUUCCUUUCAAUUUGGGCAAGCUCCUAGCAGCUUCCAUCCGUGACAUAGAGCAUGCGGCAUCCAUUUUCAGUUAUAUACAAAAUCCAAAUCUUUACAUGUUCAAUACAAUGCUUAGAGGCUAUUCUUUUAGCGAUUACCCAAAACAAACUUUUAUGUUGUUCAACAAUUUGAGGGCUCGAGGAAUUGUCCUGGAUGAAUUCUCUUUUAUUACAACACUCAAAGCUUGUGGUCGAGCAUUAGAGACUGGGAUUGGCCAAGGGAUCCAUGGAAUUGCAUUGAAGUCUGGGCAUAUGAUGUUUAUUGAUGUGAAGAAUAGCCUCUUGCAUUUUUAUUGUGUUUGCAAAAGAAUUGAAGAUGGUCAUAAACUGUUUGAUGAAUUUCCAGCAAAAAACGACUUGGUUUCUUGGAACACUUUAAUGGGUGGCUAUGUUCUUGUUUUUAAGCCUACUAUAGUUUUGGAUUUGUUUAGAAAAAUGUGUUGUGUUGGGCUUAAAGCCAGUGUUGCCACUAUCUUGUGUCUUUCAACUGCUUUUGGCAACAUAGCAAGUGUUGUUUUAGGAAAAUCGCUGCAUGGGCAUUGUCUCCGAAUAGGCUUUGGCUCUGAUUUGAAUGUGCUUACUUCUUUGAUUGAUAUUUAUGCAAAAACAGGGCAUAUCUACCAGGCACGUAAAAUUUUUGAUGGACUUGUUAAAAGGGAUGUUGUCUUGUGGAACUGUUUAAUAGGUAACUAUGGGAGAAUUGGUCUAGUAGAAGAAGCACUGUCUUUGAUGCAGCAGAUGCGACUCCAAGGAGUCAAACCUAAUUCAUCUACCUUAUCAGGUUUGCUUUCAGCUUGCCCUGCAUCUGGAGCUAUCCAAGUAGGACAGUAUGUUUCUAGUUACAUGGAAGAGGAGAGACUAAAAUUGGAUCCAGUUCUCGGAACUGCUCUUGUUGACAUGUAUGCUAAAUGUGGUUUUCUAAAUAAAGCUUUGGACAUUUUUGAGAGAAUGGAAAGUAAAGAUGUAAAGUCUUGGACAGCCAUGAUAACAGGUUAUGGGGUUCAUGGGCAGCCAACUAAUGUCAUUAGGCUUUUCAAUAGGAUGGAGAAGGAAGGGUUUAGACCAAAUGAAGUCACUUUUCUAGCAGUUUUGAGCUCUUGCAGUCAUGGAGGCCUUGUGAUGGAAGGCACAGCAAUUUUUGAAAGGAUGGUUAGAGAAUAUGGUUUUUUACCUCAGGUUGAACACUAUGGAUGCCUCAUUGAUCUCUUAGGUCGAGCAGGAAUGCUAGAGGAAGCACAUAAACUGAUUAAGAGCUUGCCCAUUAAGAGUGAUGCUACUGCUUGGCGUACACUGCUUGCAGCUUGUCGAGUUUAUGGGAAUAUUAAAUUGGGAGAAUGUGUGAAAGAAAUGUUAAGAAAAAUGUAUAAAGAGCAUCCUGCAGAUUCCCUUCUCAUAUCUAGCACUUAUGCUGUCACUGGAAGACUUUCAGACCUUCCGAGAACUGAAGGAAUGAAGGAAGCAGAUAUUGUUCUGGAAAAACGUGGGACAGUUGAAAUGAAGAGAGAAAAGAUGGUUAAAGAGGCUGGGCUCAGCAUAAUUGAAGUAUAUAAUCAGGAGUGAGACUGCCAUACUUCCAUCUACAAUUUUUGUCUCACCAGGUGGUGGCUCUGUGGUGCAACAGGACCCUUAAUGACAUGUCUGAGUCUGAAAGUCGGGCGAGAUUUGAUCCAUUUAGGCAAAGCCAUGGUAGAUAUCAGUUCAAUGAUUUGCCAACUUACUGUCAAUUUGGUGCCAUCUUUUUGCUGGUUUGAAAAUAUUUUUCUGAUCACUCAAUUUUGUCGAAUCACAGUAGUUUGUGUUAGGCCCUUGACAGCUGGUCCCAAGCCCAGAUAAAGAAGGAGUGCUGUGUUAGGCUUUUGACAGCCAAACGUAAAAAUUUGUCGGAUUUCACAUAUAAAUGGACACUAAUUUGCCAAGGCCCCUGGAGUAACAAAAUUAAAUGAGCCUUCAAAACCCAUCAAGAGUCUUGACGUUAUUGAAGGAAGUGUUUCCUUUCAUCUGUCAAUCAACCUGGAGUUUUGGAGUUGUGGUCAAUCAAUUUGGUUACACCUUUUAUCCUCAAGAUCUGUGAUUUUCUCCCUUGUAAAACGCUAAUUUCCCUCUCAGGGCUUCCAUAUCUUCAGAAGCUUGUUAUUAAUUGGUAUGUGAAUCAGAAGGCAAAAACUUCCACAUUUUGUGAUGUUGGCAAAUAAUGACUUCAUUUGACUUCCUUUUGUUACUA